AUGCUCCCACCCUCAAUCCCAACCCCGCGCCUCACUCUCCUCCGCCUAACAGACACAACGCCCGGCUCCCAGCACAUCCGCCUCUACCACGAAAACUGGUCCGACCCGGACGCCACAGCCUGGAGCAUGCUUGGCGCCACCUCCAGCCUCUCCGAAAGCCGAGACCGCCUAAUCAACUCCCUAGCCACGACGGAUAUCUACUUCUACUCUAUCUUCGUGAAUCAAGAUGGUAGUGACUCGGAUGACCUCGGCGAACACAUCGGCAGUGUCAGUCUGCGGCGCCCAACGCCUGCGUUCACACUGCCGGUGCCAGGGGACGUAGUUGAGAGCGGAAAAGAGGUCGAUGUGAGAAUGCUGGGGUACGCGCUGUUUAAGAAAGGCUGGGGGAAAGGGUAUGCGACGGAAGCUGGUAGGGCGCUGCUGGACGCAUAUGCGGCAUGCGUCGCGGAGGAAAAGGCGCUGGGAAAGAAAUUAUUCUGGGUCGAAGCUUGUGUGGACGAAGGGAAUCCGGGAAGUCAAGCGGUGGUGAGGAAACUGGGAUUCAGAGAGUGUGGGUGGAAUGAGGUGCCGAGGUUUUGGUUGAAUGGGGAGUGGAGGACGGGGUGUUGGGCGUAUGGGAUGGAAGUAUAA